UCACGUAGGAGAGAUAAACUAUGACGUCAAUAUCGGAGGGACGCAAUUGCGAUUCCGGCCGCUUUUCAGCGACUGUCACCUGCUGACGGAGCAGCGGGGCCGCUCGCGCCGGUUGACGGUUGAUGAGAGGAAGCGACAGGUCCCCGCCAUGCCCGUCUCUCUGCUGUGGGCGGUGGACGUCUACGGGCGGGUCUACAGCCUGUCCACGGCGGGGCAGGUGUGGGAGCAGUGCCGCGACGCCCAGAUGGAGUUCAAGCGGGUGACGGCGGCCCAGCGGUGCUGCUGGGGCAUCGCCUGCGACAACGGCGUCUACCUGAACGUCCACGCCUCCGACCUGCCGGUCCGCUGCCAGGAGGAGGCCUACGAGAACCAGCGGUGGAAUCCCGUGGACGGUUUCUCGGAUCGGUUGCUGCCGAGCGAUCGCUGGCAGUGGAGCGACGUCACGGGUCUGCAGCACCAACCUCUGGACGGCUUCCGGCUUCCCUCCGUCAGCUGGGAGUGGGAGGGCGACUGGCACGCCGACGAAAACCUCGACGGAGAGCCCACGGAGAAAGGGGGAUGGACCUACGCCAUCGACUUUCCCGCCACUUACACCAAAGACAAGAAGUGGAACUCUUGCGUCCGACGCAAGCGGUGGCUCCGCUACCGGAGAUACAACGUCAUGGACAGCUGGGCGAAGAUCCCCUCACAGCAGGCAGCGCUUCCAGAUCCCUUCAGCGACAUCAGCUGUGGAGGCUGGGAAAUCAGUGACGAGCCCCGGGGCCGGAUGUCCCUGUGGGCUGUGUCUCUGCAGGGGAAGGUGUGGUUCAGAGAGGGAAUCGACCACCACAACCCAGAGGGCUCCUCGUGGGAGGAGAUGACCCUCCCCGGGGAGGUGGUCCAGAUCAGCUGCGGCCCGGGGGACCUGGUCUGGGCGGUGCUGUGGGAGGGGCAGCUCAUUGUCCGGGAGGGCGUCAGCAGAGACUGCCCCAAAGGUACCUCCUGGGCGGUGGUGGACUCCCCCAGUCCUGAGGUGGGGGCCACGCACGUCGCCGUGGGAAUCAACGUGGUCUGGGCUCUGACCAAGGACAACAAAGUGUGGUUCAGACGCGGCGUGAACUCCCACAACCCUUGUGGCUCCGGCUGGAUCGGCAUGGUCGGAGAAAUGCUCAUGAUCAACAUAGGACUCAACGAUCAGGUGUUCGCUGUCGGCCGCGAGGAUCGGGCGGUGUACUUCCGGCAAGGCGUCACCUCCAGUGAGCUGAGCGGGAAAACCUGGAGGGCCGUCACGGUCCCCCGAGACGGAGACCGAUCGCACUCCAGCGCCAGCAGCGUGCAGAGCGCUGGGUGUUACUUCUGCGGCGAGGAGCGUGCUCCAUCAGCAGUGAGUGACGUGGAAUCCGACACAGAGAAAGGAUCCACAGAUGGCUCCGGCCUCCUCCUCGCCGCCGCCGCCGUCUCCACAGAGCCCUCAGCUGAUGCCGCGCCUACGGACCCCCCCGAAGCCCGCGUCCCCAAAGUCACCAGCGACAGCUUCAUCUCUGACCUCGUCUCUGACCGAGAACCAGCAACGGCCCCCUGGGGCGCAGCUGUCCCGGAGGAGGACCUCGUCCUCGGAGAAGAGGAGGUCCGAGCCCCCUGCGCCGGCGCGGCGAUCUCCUCCAGCCAGUCCGGAGGCCUCGGCCAGUGGAGCAACGUGGAUCUGGAGGAGGCGCAGGGCCAGCGGGACCAGGCCGGGGCGCCGGCGGACUCGGCUGACACGUGCAGCUUGUCAUCUUUGGCCGCGUACGCUCUGGCCGCGGAGGACCAGUACGGGGCGGACCAGCACCCUCUGUGGGCCUGGGUCAGUGGGGGCGGCUGCUCCGUGGACAGCCACUCGCAACUCGGCUGGUUUAACUGCUCGACCACGAACGCCUCGCCCUUGGUCCAGUCAGUCCAGUCCAUGAGUCUCUCUGUCACUCCGGCACAGACGGCCGCCUGGCGGAGACAAAUCUUUGAGCAGCUGAGUGAGCGGACCAAAAGAGAGAUGGACAAUUUCAGACAUUAUGAGCAAGCCGUAGAACAGUCUGUGUGGGUGAAGAAGGGAACCAUGCAGUGGUGGAGAGACUGGAGGCCGCACAAGUGGACGGAUGUGCACUUUGCCCUGGAGCAGUUCUCCGGACCGGAGGGCGACAAGGACGGCAUCCUCUUCAUCUACUACAACUUUAACGAGGAGAAGAAGUACCUGCAUGCCUUCAUCAAUGAGGUCACCAUCCUGGUUCCUGUGCUCAAUGACGCCAAACACUCGUUCGCCAUCUACUCUCCUGAGCGGACCAAACAGAGGUGGCCCAUCAGGUUGGCGGCGCCUACAGAGCAGGAGAUGCAUGAUUGGCUGGCGUUGCUGAGUGACGCAUGCUGCAGCUCCCGGGGGAUCCAGGGUCCUCCCUCCAAACAGGCCGUGUGGUCCGUAACAUGCAAGGGAGACAUCUUUGUCAGUGAGCCCUCUCCUGGUCUGGAGGCCGUGCCUUACCCGACCCCCUGCGACCAGAUGUUCUGGCGGCAGGUCGGAGGUCACCUUCGCCUGGUGGAGAGCAACAGCGUGGGCGUCGUGUGGGGGAUCGGCUACGACCACACCGCCUGGGUGCACACGGGGGGCGACGGGGGAGGCUUCUCGCAGGGUCUGGCCAGCAGCACGGAUAACAUCUACACACAGGUGGAUGUGAAGAGUGUCUACAUCUACGAGAACCAGCGGUGGAACCCCGUCACCGGCUACACCAACAGAGGGCUCCCUACAGACCGCUACAUGUGGAGCGACGCGUCGGGACUACACGAGUGCACAAAGACCAACAUGAAGCCCCCCUCCGCUCAGUGGACGUGGGUGUCCGACUGGGCCAUUGACUACGGCGUCUCCGGGGGGACGGACAGAGACGGCUGGCAAUAUGCAGCUGACUUUCCAGCGUCGUAUCAUGGCUAUAAAACGCUGAAGGACUUUGUGCGUCGCCGGCGAUGGUCCAGGAAGAGUAAACUGACCACAACAGGACCCUGGCAGGAGAUCCCGCCUAUAUCGCUGAUUGACGUGAGCCUCCUGCCCUGCGCGGCCCCGAGCGGCGUGGACGUGGUCCCUCUGUGGGCGAUCAGCAACAAGGGCGACGUGCUCUGCAGGCUGGGGGUCACCGCUCUGACUCCGGCUGGAUCCUCGUGGCUCCACGUGGGAACCGACCAGCCCUUCAAGUCUGUCUCCGUGGGGGGGGCCAGCCAGGUGUGGGCCAUCGCUAAGGACGGCUCUGCCUUUUACCGAGGAUCCGUCUCACCACAGAGCCCCGCGGGAGACUGCUGGUACCACAUCCCCUCCCCAGCCAGACAGAAGUUGAAGCAGGUGUCUGUCGGGAGGACGUCCGUCUUCGCUGUCGAUGAAAAUGGUAACCUGUGGUACCGCCAGGGCGUGACCCCGAGCUACCCUCAGGGCUCCAGCUGGGAACACAUCUCCAAUAACGUACGCAAGGUGUCUGCGGGGCCUCUGGACCAGGUGUGGAUCAUAGCCGACAAGGUGCAGGGCAGCCUGAGCCUGAGCUGUGGAACCGUGUGCCAUCGACUCGGGGUCCAGCCCGUGGAGCCCAAGGGACAGUCGUGGGACUACGGCAUCGGGGGCGGAUGGGACCACAUCACAGUGAGAGGGAACUCCACGGAGCCGCCCCGUGCACGCCUUCCCUCUCUGACGGCGCCCGCUCCUCCCGCCCCCCCCGCCGCCAGGAGCGCGGAAGUCAACGGCAGCGCCGGGGAAUGCUAGGCGCACACACACACACACACACACACGCAUGACCUUUGUAGUCAUAUGCCGUUUUUAUUUCUUCAACCUUCAUCACUGCAACCAGUGUGGGAGGACGUUGUCACUUUUAGAACAAUCCCAAAUGCGGACGCGACGUAUGUUAUUCGGUCGACCUAAACUUUACUUGAACAAAACAUUUCUGUCUUGUUGACCUUUGGUCACGAACAUUGAACUCGAUGGUCUUAAUAUAUUUCCUUAUUUAUUUAUCAGGCUGUGAUGUUUCUGUGAAAAAGUACCUCGUGUACGGUCAGAUUUAACGCGUGCUGAGUCUCAGCUCCAGAUGUGGUAGUGUGCAAAACAAAAGCUAAUUAGCGACAUUAGCCCACCAGGUAACCAUUGAUAGGAGGACAGAGCAGCUACUACCAUGUAGUAUCGCCACAGGCUGCUGAUCUGACGCGCGUGUGUGAUUUUUAUACCACAAACUGCAGCUGCUGCAUAUUUCCAAUGUUGCAGCUUUCUGAACAGAAUUGUUUAUUCUUAAGUUUGCGUGCAACGAUCCAGACGGUUGUUUGAGUCGGAAUGUGAAAGCGUGACUGGCCGAGGUGUGAAAGGCUGUAAACGAACACUUUCUGUCUUUCUUGUGCACCUGAUCUCUUAUUUCUUUUGUUUUAAAGUUCUUCCUUUAGCGCCGUUAGCAGUGUUUCUGCAGCGGCUUUAUUUGCCUGUGGCGGUUGCUGCUUGCCUUGUACAAACAGUCACCCAUGUUUUGCAAGGAGUUUAAUGUUAUUUUUUAAAAUAUGUUGUUGUUUUUAGGUUCUCUCGGAGUACGUGCAAUGGUUAACUAUGUAAAUAAGGGAGUCAUGUAGAUGUACUUAAGUAAGUGUUGUGGUUGAAUCUUCCUCUUUCUCAGGAGAACAUGUGCAUGCGUACUUUCUGACCGUACUAGAAUGACUGAGCAAUUAGAUAUUAUAAUAAUAUUAUAUUAUACAAUCUGUAUAUUAGUUGCUAUAAUGAUAAAAUGCAGCCUUUCAGGCAUCAUUGAUGUUUGUGGUCCGGCUGAGGGAAUGUUGAAAGUGUCAAACACUGAUGUGCAACACGCAUGGUGAAAGCAACAGUCCUCGCCAAUAAAUAAAGUUGUUUAUUGAUAAUAA